UCCUCUGCCAGUCGCUCGUCAUGUCUUGCUUACCUUUUUUUCGCGAAAAAGAAGUUGCACUGCCUAAUAAGAAAAUCAUCACCAACACCAUGUUAAGAUACUAUUUCUACCUAUUUAUUGUUCUCGAAGCUUUUCUAUUGUCUGGUGCCAUCCAAGUCUCAUAUCUAUCCCACAAAACUCCUCAAGCGAGUGUCGGGGAAAUGGUCGAGAAAGUCGUCCACUGCACUUCGAUUGGAAGAUCACCAGAGCCCGUCGAACAAUCGUCAAGCAACUAUUGUUGGACAACUUUGGUUAUAUGUUUGGUUUACUUGGUUCAAGCAAUUUUACUGCACAUCAGAUUUUACAAGAGAAAACAGUUCACAAUCAAAAGCUAUUGCUCCAAGCGGUAUCUCAUGGCUGCUACAUUGGUCUUCUUGAACAUCUUGUUCCUAGUCAACAGUAUUGUCGGUCUGUACAGCAGAAUUGCAAUUGACAUCUCCCUUGUCAUCCUCUUGAUCAUCUGUUUUUUUGGCUACAAAGCGUUUAAUCUGGCCUAUGAAUCAGCAGCCCCAAUUCACUACAGAUCUUUGGAAACUACCAAAGUGACUAAAGCUCAGAAAGUAUUCAUCUUCCUGUUCCUCACCCUCUCCGGGCUCUUUUGCAUAAGUCUUAGCUUUAUUGACCUGAAUCCUUUGGCCGAUGAGUAUGUGGCUUCGGGAUUCUUCUAUACAACUCGAUUCAUCUGCCCCAUCAUCAAUAUUCUCGCAAUCCCAAUGUUCUACGAGGCUUUCUUGGCCUAUAACUCCGAGGAGCUUGCAUUCAGUGGAGUGGAACCAGAAAGUGGAAGACUUUGGAAAGGAGUGUGCAGGUGGAAUGAGAAAUCUGGAGAAUGGGACUACGUGGAGACAGUUCAGCAAAAACCGGCCUCGUUGCCUGCGAAGGUUUAAAUGGUUUUGUUUUCAAUUGAUUUUCAAUACAUAAGUUAUUCUUCUAAAAUUUUUGCAUAUUCGAAAAAUAAAAAAGUUUCA